AAGGGUUUUUUUACAAGACACACGCAAAACCCCGCCUUGGCUUCUCUACCAUACCACUACCAUUAUCUAUCAUUGACCUUUGCCUUGAGUAGUAGUAGUAUGUAACAACAGAACCCAGGCACCAGCACCAGCACCAGCACCAGCAUUGCCAUUCAGUACCAAGACCAAAAGUAACCAGUACUACUUUCAAUACUUACCACCAUACCAACUUGAACUACCAUUUGAAUCACAAUUCUUUUUGCGCAACGCCCUGCUACUCGAGUUUUUUUUUCUACACUAUCUAUCCUAGGUAUCUAACCUACAUCAUUCCACCCCCAAGGCACUACUUGCGGCUACUACCGUAUUUGUCUACUUAUCCAUACAUAUUCUUUCAAGGCGAUUGAAAAUUUUGACGAUCAGCAAAAACCAAGCACCACCCCCGUGCACGAUAUUGCCCCUCCUUCUGUACAUGUCCCUCCGACCAUACUAAUCCAUCCAUCUCCUACUACACCUCAAUACGUUCGCGGUGCGACAAAGUAAUCUCUUUUCGCCAUGGGUCAAACCCUUUCUGAGCCUGUCGUCGACAAGGCUUCCGACAAAGGCGAAGAUGAUCGAUUGUUGUACGGCGUGUCUGCUAUGCAAGGAUGGCGUAUCAGCAUGGAGGAUGCCCACUGCACUAUUCUCGACCUUUUGACGCCCGACGGUGAAGAGAAGAAGGUUCACCCUUCGCGAUUGUCCUUCUUCGGUGUUUUUGAUGGACAUGGUGGCGACAAGGUUGCUCAGUUCGCCGGAAAAAAUAUAUUCGAUAUCCUCAAGAAGCAAGAUACGUUCAAGGCUGGCAACUACGAGCAGUCUCUCAAGGAUACUUUCCUUGCGACUGAUCGAGCAAUACUCAGCGAUCCUCAAUACGAAGAAGAGGUUUCCGGUUGCACCGCUUGCGUUGGAUUAAUUACUGGCGAGAAGAUCUACAUUGCCAACGCUGGCGACUCGAGGAGUGUUCUAGGGGUUAAAGGCAGAGCGAAGCCGCUCUCUUUUGAUCACAAACCACAGAACGAAGGCGAGAAAGCUCGAAUUACUGCCGCUGGCGGUUUUGUUGACUUCGGUCGUGUCAACGGCAAUCUUGCCCUCUCCCGAGCUAUCGGAGAUUUCGAGUUCAAGAAGAGUGCCGAACUCGCACCUGAACAGCAGAUCGUGACUGCGUACCCAGACGUUGUGGCACAUGAGAUCAGCGACGACGAUGAAUUCUUAGUCAUCGCAUGUGAUGGCAUCUGGGAUUGCCAGUCUUCGCAAGCAGUCGUUGAAUUCGUUCGGAGGGGAAUUGUUGCGAAACAGGAGUUGGAUAAGAUCUGUGAGAAUAUGAUGGACAACUGUCUGGCGUCGAAUUCUGAGACUGGUGGUGUUGGUUGUGACAACAUGACGAUGGUAAUCGUGGGCUUCUUAAGAGGCAGAAGUAAGGAGGAAUGGUACGAACAGGUUGCCAGCCGGGUGGCUAAAGGCGACGGUCCUUGUGCCCCUCCCGAAUACGCUGAAUUCCGAGGACCUGGUGUGCAUCACAACCCGGACGAGAGUGACACUGGUUUUGAUGUUGAUAUGGAGAACAAAUCUAAGCCAUUUGGGAUCGGUGGGUACAAGGGCCGCAUCAUCUUUCUUGGCGAUGGUACUGAAGUCCUCACCGACUCGGACGACACCGAAAUGUUUGAUAAUUCCGAAGAGGACAAGGACCUCGCAAGUCAGGUGUCCAAGAACUCAUCUGUCGAUGGUGAUGCCGACAGUAAACUACCUCCUCGAGCUCCUUCGCCUCCCCCGCGAACGCCAAAAAAGCAGGAAGACAAGGCCCAAACGAAGACUAACGAGUCUAAGACUCCCACCUCAACUACGACGGAAACGACCGCAGAAGCCUUAAAGGAAGAGCCCAAAGAGGCCAAAGCAGAAGCUGCUGCCGUCGCAUCGAAAGACUGACUGUAACAUACAUACGUACAAGUUUGCUAGGCAGGAUAGCGGUCAGGACUGUAUCGUGGGGCGGCCUAACCCUGUUCGCCUGGUAACUAUUAGGAUUCUCAUCCCCACAUCACGCCCGAAAUGAACAGGGAGGUUUACGAAAGAGCAAUGAAGAGGUUUGAUUAUUUGGCACAUGUGGGAACGACGGAAGGGAUGGGGAUGGGAGGUGCAGGGACGGAUUUGUUCUACCUGGACAAAGGGACAUGGUACGACAGAGACUCAAGGCACGCAAUAGGACGAUUGGCACCACGUUGUAUUUGAAGCCCCACGAUGUAAAGUUGGAGGGUUUUUUCAACGAAUUACAUUCCGACUCUUCAAGGAAUUUUGACAACUGAGGGGUGUUCCAUAUGCUAUAAGAACUACGCGAAUACUCCCCCUACUUGCAUCGAUUCUAUAGUUUUCUUAGGAGUGCUGAAGUAGCACUUUUGAUAAAAUGCAUCAAUGUCAUCCCAAAGAACCUCUUCACAGAUUCCUGCCUUUUCUUCUUUCUUUUCUUCUAUAUUCUUUUUUUUCUUUUUUCUUUAAAUAGAUACCUGUUUAAUGUAUGAAUUUCUCCGACAGUUUAGUUGAUGUGCAUCCAAAGACCUCAAGAUUCGUACAUACUACAUACUAUUAACAUACUAUUAUUACCUUAUGUACGU